AUGCGUGACACGAAGGAGCAUCGGUCCAGAGCACUGCAGGCUUCAUGGGACGCCGCCGUCAGCUGUGGCUUCGAGGCCCGGGUGGACUUCUGCGGGUGGUCCACCGGAGAGCAUCCCUGGCUGCGAUCCUCCAGCAGUGCCUAUCCAGAGACUGGACCGCCAUCGGCGGCUCAGGGCGGAUGGUACACUUAUGUGGAGUCCUGGGCUCUCGAUCAGGACUUCAUCCUGAGCAGCGUGUUCGAGCCGUCCGAGGCGAUCCGGCAUCUCCACUUCCACUUCCACAUGCACGGGGUGGACAUGGGCCGCUUGCGGCUGGAAGCUUUCAGCAGCGUUGGGUGGACGGAGCUAUGGUCACGAACAGGAGAGCAAGGCCAGCAGUGGCAGCUGGCAGUGGUGGUCUUGCCGCCACACGUCAAGGAACUGCGCUUCGUGGGGACCACAUAUGACGGCGGCUGGUGGAGCGAUAUGGCCCUGGACGCAAUCGGCACUGGGCUGCCCAGCGUGGAGUUCGAUCAGCUCGCCUGCGAGUUCCUUCUUAAUGCCUGUCUGUGGCAAAGCACCGGUGCCUCUUCAUGGCAGCUUGCGGGAGAUGCCGAUGGCCGUUGGCUGGAGGCUUCUGGGAACAGUUCCCAAGCGUCGGAUUGGGUCCUGGAGACAGCGGCUCUUUUCAACACCACUGAGGAAAAUGUCUUGGUUUUGGAGUAUCAGCUGUCCGGCUCAAAUACCGUGGCAUUGGAGGUACAACACCAGACCUCCGCUAACGGCUGGCAGCGUUUGCAGUUCGAGUCGGGUGGGCGCAGCGCUGUUUGGCACACCGCCAUCGUCGCCGUCCCUCCUUCUACUCUUGGCCUCCGCUUUGCGGCCAACAUCACCGGUGAGGCAGAUGUCGUGCGCAUCGACUCAAUCCAUGCAGAAAACAUACUGCACGACUGGAGAGACAUCGCGUGUGGUUUCGAGUCCGAUUUCUGCGCUUGGUCCACCAGUGCGAGCACGUGGCUGCGACAUUCAGGGGCUACUCCUAGCUCAGACACCGGACCGGACGAAGCUGGCAAAGGCGAGUGGUACAUUUACACGGAAGCCAGUAACAAUGAGAACCAGGAGUUUAUCCUCACCAGUGGCGUGUUCGACCCAUCACCUACAAGCCGGCUCCUCCAUUUCUUCUACCACAUGUUUGGGGAGGACACAGGCAGCUUGCGAAUGGAGACGUUGAGAAGCAGCGGCUGGACACAAGCUUGGUCACGAAUCGGAGAGCAAGGGAUGCAAUGGGGCGCAGCAUUGGUGACGCUGCCGCAGGAUGCGAGGGCUGUGCGCUUCGUAGGCACCACGGGCAACAGCUGGCAGAGCGACAUGGCCGUAGAUGGCAUAGCAGAAGGGCUGCCCACAGUUCUGUUCCGCCAGUUGUCCUGCGACUUCCGUUUUGACACCUGCCUUUGGCGAAGCAAUGGCAGCUCUUCAUGGCAGCUUGUGGGUGAUGCGAAUGGCCAGUGGCUGGAGGCUUCUCGAAGCGGUUCCCAAGCACCGGAAUGGAUUUUCGAAACGGCGGCUCUGCUGAACACCACUGGAGAGAAGGCAUUGGUUUUCGACUAUCAGCUGUCCGGCUCAAGUACCGUGGCAUUGGAGGUACAACACCAGACCUCCGCUAACGGCUGGCAGCGUUUGCAGUUCGAGUCGGGUGGGCGCAGCGCUGUUUGGCACACCGCCAUCGUCGCCGUCCCUCCUUCUACUCUUGGCCUCCGCUUUGCGGCCAACAUCACCGGUGAGGCAGAUGUCGUGCGCAUCGACUCUCUCCAUGCAGAAAACAUACUGCACGACUGGAGAGACAUCGCGUGUGGUUUCGAGUCCGAUUUCUGCGCUUGGUCCACCAGUGCGAGCACGUGGCUGCGACAUUCAGGGGCUACUCUUAGCCCAGACACCGGACCGGACGAGGCUGGGGAAGGCGAGUGGUACAUUUACACGGAAGCUAGUGACAAUGAGAACCAGGAGUUUAUCCUCACCAGUGGCGUGUUCGACCCAUCACCUACAAGCCGGCUCCUCCAUUUCUUCUACCACAUGUUUGGGGAGGACACAGGCAGCUUGCGAAUGGAGACGUUGAGAAGCAGCGGCUGGACCCAAGCUUGGACACGAAUCGGAGAGCAAGGGAUGCAAUGGGGCGCAGCAUUGGUGAUGUUGCCGCAGGAUGCGAGGGCUGUGCGCUUUGUAGCCACCACAGGCAACAGCUGGCAGGGCGACAUGGCCGUAGAUAGCAUAGCAGAAGGGCUGCCCACAGUUCAGUUCCGCCAGUUGUCCUGCGACUUCCGUUUUGACACCUGCCUUUGGCGAAGCAAUGGCAGCUCUUCAUGGCAGCUUGUGGGUGAUGCGAAUGGCCAGUGGCUGGAGGCUUCUCGAAGCGGUUCCCAAGCACCGGAAUGGAUCUUCGAAACGGCGGCUCUGCUGAACACCACUGAGGAGAGAGUCUUGGUUUUCAACUAUCAGCUGUCCGGCUCGAAUACCGUUACGUUGGAGGUGCAGCACCAAACCUCUGCUUUCGGCUGGCAGCGCUUGCUGUUGCAGUCAGGUGGCCGCAGCGCUGUUUGGAACGGCGCCGUUGUCAUCAUCCCUUCUUCUACUCUUGGCCUCCGCUUCGUGGCCAACAUCACCGGUGAGGCAGAUGUCGUGCGUAUCGACUCAAUCAAUGCGUCGAACGUUCUGCGCGACUGGAGCGACAUCGCCUGUGGUUUCGAGUCCGAUUUCUGCGCUUGGUCCACCAGUGCGAGCACGUGGCUGCGACAUUCAGGGGCUACUCCUAGCUCAGACACCGGACCGGACGAGGCUGGGGAAGGCGAGUGGUACAUUUACACGGAAGCUAGUGACAAUGAGAACCAGGAGUUUAUCCUCACCAGUGGCGUGUUCGACCCAUCGCCUACAAGCCGGCUCCUCCAUUUCUUCUACCACAUGUUUGGGGAUGACACAGGCAGCUUGCGAAUGGAGACGUUGAGAAGCAGCGGCUGGACCCAAGCUUGGUCACGAAUCGGAGAGCAAGGGAUGCAAUGGGGCGCAGCAUUGGUGAUGUUGCCGCAGGAUGCGAGGGCUGUGCGCUUUGUAGCCACCACGGGCAACAGCUGGCAGGGCGACAUGGCCGUAGAUGGCAUAGCAGAAGGGCUGCCCACAGUUCAGUUCCGCCAGUUGUCCUGCGACUUCCGUUUUGACACCUGCCUUUGGCGAAGCAAUGGCAGCUCUUCAUGGCAGCUUGUGGGUGAUGCGAACGGCCAGUGGCUGGAGGCUUCUGGGAACAGUUUGCAAUCUUGGGAACGGGUCUUGGAGACUGCGGCCAUGCUCAACGCCACUGAGGAGAAGAUCUUGGUGUUCGACUAUCAGCUGUCCGGCUCGGAUGCCGUGGCAUUGGAGGUGCAACACCGAACUUCCGCUGAUGGCUGGCAGCGCUUGCAGUUCGAGUCGGGUGGCCGAAGCGAUGCUUGGCAUACUGGUGCAGUUACAGUGCCUGUUGGCAGUGUCGGCUUCCGCUUCGUGGCCAAUGUCACCGGUGAUCUUGACCGGGUGAAGCUGGAUUCCUUGUCGGCGGUCGACGCAACUCUGGCGGAUGCGAGGUGCAGCUUCGAGCAGGACACCUGCAAGUGGGCAGGGGACUGGCAGCGCGUCAGCGGCCCCUCCCAAAGUCCUUUAGCCUCCAUGCCUGAUGCAGCAUUCCACGCCGAGAGCUACGUCUACGUCACCCCCCUCGAGAACGAGGCAGGGGGAAAAUUGCAGGUAUACGUGCUCACCAGCCCGCUCUUCCCCAGGCCCGGCAACGUCUCCUACCUGGAGUUCGCUUUCUACAUGUUUGGGACUGGCGUCGGCAAGCUGGAGUUAUGGUACCUGAAAGGUGUCCGGUGGAGCUUGCGCUGGUCCCGGCAAUCAAACCAAGGAGCCGAGUGGCUUCAAGCCAAGGUGAGGCUCCCAAGUGGCGUGGAAGGGCUCCGUUUCUUGAAGUUUGGUGGCUGGGGAACUUCGUCCAAAGUAGCUUUGGACGGAAUCCUGGCCUGGGAGGGGCCCGAAGCAAACCCGGCAGAGUUCCUGAGCCUUUCUUCUGGUGGCUACCACAACUGUGCAGUUCUCAAGGCCCAGGGCGUCCUGAAGUGCUGGGGAGCUGGAUUUCACGGCCGCUUGGGUUACGGCAGCGGUGCAGAUGUGGGCGGCGCUUCGGGUGAGAUGGGGGAGAACCUACCGGCCGUGGAACUCGGAGAGGCGGGCGUUCGAGUGACGAAAGUGGCCUGCGGUCAAUGGCACACCUGCGCAGUUCUCGAAACGGGCGUCCUGAAAUGCUUCGGGAGUGGCAGUGAUGGCAAGCUUGGCUACGGACACACCCGCGAUGUUGGCGACGAGCCCUUGGAGAUGGGCCAGCACCUGCCAGCGGUGGACCUGGGCACCGGUGCGGAGGUGGUGCAGGUGGCUGCUGGUAUCGACCACACCUGCGCUCUGCUUCGAGGCGGGCGCGUGAAGUGCUUUGGCCAGGGACGUCUGCUGGGCUUGGGAGACGAGCCCGGGGAGAACCGUGGCGACGAGCCCGGCGAGAUGGGCUCGAACCUCACCGCGGUUGACCUGGGCACCGACUUCGAAGCAGUGCAGCUGGCCUUGGGAUAUGCCCACAGCUGUGCUCUCUCAAGCCAAGGUGCCGUCAAAUGUUGGGGACAGGGCAACCGCCUGGGACUAGGACUGGGCGAUGGUGGAGUGUACAUCGGAACCAGCCCCAACGAGAUGGGCGAUGCCUUACCUGUAGUGGACUUGGGCCCCCUUCCUGCUGUGCAAAUCGCAGCCGGGUAUCUUCACACCUGCGCCGUCCUGUCCGACGGCACGGUAAAGUGCUGGGGUGAUAAUGGCUGGGGUCAACUGGGGCACGGCAACCUUGAAGAUGCGGGCGACCAGCCCGGUGAGAUGGGCACCAGUCUUCCUAUUACAGAUAUGGGCGAUGGGGUGACGGUUGUCCGCAUCGCGGCUUCGAGUGGCAGUUAUCACACCUGUGCUGUCCUUCAAGAUGCAAACCUGAAGUGCUGGGGCUGGGGAGGGAGUGGCUUGCUUGGCCAGGGCAACCUGGAGAGCUUGGGAGACGAGCCCUACGAGAUGGGCUCCAAUCUCCGCGCUGUCGGCCUCGGCAACCGCGAGGUGCGGGAUGUGGGCACCGGUGUCGGCCACACCUGCGUGCUCUUGAGCGACGACACCACGAG